CCCUGAUUUCGCGCUUGCAGCGCCCUCGCGCGAGAAUGUCGGGUACCAUCUAACGAACAGCUGAUUCUCCGAGGAGGAUAAGAUUCUGAUUUCAUUCAUACCUUUCGCAUUUUUCAUUUAUACUUGAAACGUGAAAUGAAUGUAUUUAUCUAUGUCCUUGUGAGAAAAGGAGAGGCAGAGUGCAACCGAAACGAAUAUCCAUCUGUUUAGCCUUACUUUGCGCCUUCUGUUGCCCAAAAUUACAUAAGAAACUUAACGCGAUGGACAUUGGAAAUAUAGACGAUGAUCAAUCCAAGGCGGUGAUGCUGUUUGGUCGAGACAUCAGGAAAAUUCCCUGUUUCAGGGACAGCCAGUUGUAUGGCAUCUACAGCGGCUUCGCCACCGGCCUGGGCACUUUCAUGUUUACGAGUCGCGUUAAGCUGGCGACGGCUAUGAGUUUAGGAUCCUACUUCUGUGUCUCCAUCGUUUAUUUUUGCUUUUGUCGAUAUAAUUAUACGAUGACAAAGUAUGCUAUAGCCGAUGUACAGUCUAUCAUGCGUCAGAGAUCAAUUGAUCUCAAGAAGGAAAUCGAUGAAGAGGAAAAUGGAAAGCUAGUCGAUGCUUAAGAUACUCUGUGUGAAGAUUUUUUCGAAAACUUUUAAGUUAUUCAUGACAAGAAUAGAUACAUUAUGCAACGUUUCAACAAAAUAACAUAACGCGAUAAUGUAGUAGUGAAGAUUAUCAUAAUAUCUAUGAAAUGCAUGUAAGAGAGUGUCUGAAGCUUCUAGUUGAUGAUUCUUUUUUUAAUAAACUAUAUAUAUAAUAUGUAUAUAACUUAAUAUUUAUGAGACUACUAUUCUAUGUGAAUCGAAUGUGUACACACACAUUUAAUUCACAUAGAAAUUCUUAUUCGAUGUACUAGAAAUAAUUUUGCACAGUCGAUACAAUUUCUUAGACUUGAAUAUUGUACAGUUGAAUCAUAUAAUUUAGUCAAUGUUAAUGAUUGUUAUAUAUACAAUUAUAUUGUAUCAAAGUGAUUGAUGGGU